AUGGGCAUCCCGAUCGGAUGGAACGUAAAGCGCGAGGAAGCGAAGGAGAAAGACGUACUUAGGGCCGACAUGACCGGCUCACGCUCACCCAUCCGGCGUCGCGCCAGGCCCAACAGAUCACCGCGCCCUCACAGCACUCUCGACACCGAUUUCCUCAUCUCCGCUCCGCACAUUGAGUGGAUACCUCGAUCGUCACAUCGCGCGCGUCUGGCGCCGCCACCUGUCCCCGAAGUUUCGAGGACCGAAUACCGUAGCAACGAGGCUUCGAGACACCCACCCACACUACAACGCGACGAGAGCAGCGUGCGCCGAUCGCGCAGUCGCCUUGAUGGCUACAUGCGCGCCCAUGGGACGCGUGCCACUCCAGACCUCGAGCGCCCCAUGCCAGCCUUCACACCAGGAUUCGCGCCGGCGGCAGCUUCGCGGAGGUCCGACCUAGAAGCACAACGCGAUGCGCAAGAUCCUUUUUCACGCCUGCGAGAGUAUACGUCAUACCGUCGCGCUGCUGGAAGAUUGACGCGGACGCGUUCUCAGAGCCCCCGUGCUGAUCGAUCUGCGGCGCGAGGUGACACCGCGAAUGUGCCUGAAGAAAGCCAUGAGACAGGCGAGAACAACGCCGUAGCCUUCCCUCCGCUACGUAGGAUGGGUCGCCGCACUAUUGCUGACGGACCGCUACCCGCCAGCUCUUUGCGCGAGUCCUGGAGCCCAGUUGCUACACUCGAUGGCCUGGGCGACCGGAAUCGUAGCGUCAGUCCUUUUGAUGAUCAGUUGCAAUGGGACAGUUUUCUUACCACCGUCGUAGACGACCCGGUUGCACCAACUGCGGGGUCAUCGUUUGCAUCAGCCGCAGCGUCAGCCUCAUUCACAAAUUCGCAUCCCAGCUCCCGAGCGGGAAGCGCCAAUUCCGCGGCAUCUUCGCAGACUCAUCUUACAGUACCGUCACGACAUCCCUCACCCCCACAAAACGAACACUUCAUGCGGGCAUGCGAUACCUCCGAGGACGACACAGCCUCAGAUACCGAAGAAGAAGACAUGGACGUACGUGGCAGUAUACGUCGUCGUACAGGCACAGAGGCCUUUAGGAAUCGCUUGGGCAUCUCACGCUCGACCGAGCCCCGCCGAAGAAUGCGCCCAUCGUAUUUUUCCAACGAGCCUCCUGCGCGAGAUACAGAGCGUUACUCACUGCGUGUAAUCGACCGAUCCCGCGACGCUAGCGAAGUCGUUCACAGCUUCUACAACUCUGGUAUCUGGCGAGACGCUGAGACAGAAGCGGCACAGAGGCCGCAAAUACCGCAGCUCGAUGGACCUACCGAGGAACCUGUGAGUGCCAGCGAUAAUGAGAGUAUUCCUCCACUUGUGCGUACCGACUCGCCGCCGCCUCCACCACUAGACCAGGAGCUCCGUGAUGCGAGGUCGUUGCUCGAGCGUCUUGCGCGCAGGGAAGAUGUCAGUGAUGACUUUUGGGCUUCGGUCGGCUUGACGCGGUCUUUUGCUGACCCUAUUGAGCGCUUUCAGGAGCUUGAGCGACUAUGA